CACUCAUUGCCUUAUAAGGAAAGACAGUCGUGCCUUUCUGCAAUAGGCCGAGCGCUGCAGCCUGGGAGCCCUGCACUUAACCCUCUCGCUGCUGAAUUUUAUUUGGUCCAGCCGCCUGAAACAAUGCAGCGAGGGCUGUGCGGGCACUUCGGUGUUUUUAUUUUGAAAGAAAUCCAUCGAAAAAGGCAUUUCUGCUUUAGGCCUGCGUGUGAUAAAUAACAAUAAACAGCUGGCAGUUAACAACUGGGUAUGGGAUUUGUAAGCACCUCUGUGUCCAGUUCUAGCUGUGUUCACUUAGGUGCAGCCUUGGGCGCUACCAUUGCCAGGGCGAAACCCCGGCUUUGGUGCCAGAGGUCGGCGUGUCCCUUCAGCGUCAGGGCCGAGCUGGUUCAUAACCUAGGGCUCGUCUGCUUGUCUUGUCUCCGUGCCAAGUGAUAACUGGACCGCCCGGUGCCUGUCCUGUCGGGGCCCCGCAGUCAGGAGAAUAAAAAAAAAAAAACGAGGCGGGGGCAGAGGAUGGCGACCUACAUACUGACUCUUAACGCCGUGGAAAUCUCGCAGAAAACCCCCCUCUGAAAUGUGUGACCUUGACUCAGACAGGAUAUGGAAAUCUAGUCAUUGCAAUGCAAACAGCAGCGGCUGCGCUCUGCCUGCAAUUUACCUUUACACAGGCAGUGACUGAUCCCGGACCACCCUCCUCAGAGGAGGCUCUGUCCAACACUACAAGAGCAUCGGAUGUCCGCUUGUUUUCCUACUUCAGCAGGACUCCACCACAUAUAGGAGGCCUUCUCGUGGUGGUGGUGGUAGAGCAGUGUCAGACAGACUGUGGCCUUGACGUCGCUUGGGCCUAGGGCGGAAGAAUUCGUUUUCCGACAUUGGUUGUGUCACAACCUCCAACUUGUAUCAUGUAGCCGCGGUUUAUAAUUCGGAUGGCUCUGUUGGCGAAGGACUGAGGGCGCACAGAUGGAAUGGUAUGCACAACGAACCCGGGCCACGGCGUGUUGUGAGUGAAAGCACAAAACGAAGCGCGAGGCCUUUCCGAGCUGCACAUUCAGGCCAUCGCGGCGUCGGGUAAAAACGCUCUCCUCUUACAUAGCGCCCCCUUGCACUUAGAUCCCGCUUAACAUCCAGUGACACCAGAAGGCAGCGAUGUUGCCUUCAGGGUCUCGUUUCAGCUCGCACUUUUCAAACUCACGGUCACGCCUUCACGUGUCGGAAAUUCACUUGCUUUUUCGAUUGGACAUUAGUCGAAAAAGAAUGUUGCGCAUGAUUGUUAUCUGCGCAGCAAUGAGUGGCGCUGAUUCCCGUGCCGUGGAAGUAUAUGCCGGCUUAUUUUCCGAUGGCGCACAUUCACAGCCAGAGAAGGAGGGCCUAGUCAAGUCAGCCAGGAGUCAAAAACCUCAGGUUGCUCCAUGGUUCAAGUCUGGACCCGCUGUCGUCGAGGGACAGUGACUGUAACGCUUGCGUCUUCUCAUGGUUUUAUGCUGCGACAGCUGAGUACGAGAAGAGGGAAUGUGCACAAAUGUGUGUUGACGCUUUUUAUAGACAGACCUAUAUGCGUCAACGUAAGUGUCUUAUCUGUGUAGAUAAACUGACUAGAGGUUAAGCCGUCAAAGAGCAAAAGGCUACAUUUAGCCUACAAAAAAGGUCAAACUAUAAAUGACCAUAAGGCAAUUCGCACUUGCACCGCCAGGUGAUGACGUGGCUUCCGUACCUCCCACUAAAUAUUACACGUUGAUGUAUCGAUUUUAAUGGGGAAAUCGAACUUUUUCUACAUGAUAGUUAUUUGCAGAAUUGUUACAUGUUUUUCAUGCGGCGCUGAGGGCGCCUUUUCCUACAGCACGUGAAAUCAGCACGGGAACAACCCCCUCCCCUAUCGCCUCCCCCUCCUCUGACGUCACGCCAACGGCUAUUUGGAUGCAGUGUUUCGUUGCUGCAGGUUCAACUCGCCUGCAGAACGAGUGUCUCCGAGGGGGGAAAGCGAGGGAAGAGGCGCAUUGAAAAUACGAGGAGGGAGGCUCUUGUGUUUCACAUCGGAGAAGCAGAAGGGGGGGGGUUAAGAAAAAACAAAACAAAAGCAGAAAAAAAAAAAAAAACCGCCCGAAAGCGAAGAUAAGGUGUCAGAUAGCAAUAGCAGAGGGGGAAAAUACAGAAGAGCCGCUUCUCUUGCAUCGGAAAAUGGAGCUACCCGCCGCGGGAGAGCAUGUCUUUGCGGUGGAGAGCAUCGAGAAGAAGCGCAGCCGAAAGGGGAGGGUUGAGUAUCUGGUCAAGUGGCGAGGAUGGUCUCCAAAGUACAACACGUGGGAGCCGGAGGAAAACAUCUUGGACCCACGACUGCUUGAUGCUUUCCAAGACAGAGAACGUCAAGAGCAGCUGAUGGGAUAUCGCAAGAGAGGACCCAAGCCCAAGCACCUUCUGGUUCAGGUCCCUUCAUUUGCCCGGAGAUCCAGUAUUCUGGCCGACCUUCAUGAGGUGUCCCUGGACGAGGACAGCUGUCAGAAGUCCAGCCCGAUCCAGAUGCUCCGUCCCCAGGGCCAGCAGUACCAGCUGAACAGCAAGAAGCACCACCAGUACCAGCCACUGUGCAGGGAGCGUGAGGCCGAGCAGCAGACCAAUGGCAAGAAGUUCUACUAUCAACUCAACAGCAAGAAGCACCACCACUACCAGCCGGAUCUCAAGGUGCACGAGCCCAUAUUUGCUAAGCCCCGAGAUGUCAAAGUCCCAGAGCUGCCCAACAAAGGGUACAAUGUGCCUCCAGUGCUUCAGCAAAAGUGGGUUCGGGACAAAGACUCAGGCUGCCUGACCAAAGUGAAGGAUAUCACUAUGGAGCUGAAGAAACUUCCAGCUGACCUCAACGGGCACAAAGAACAAGAGAAGGUAAAACCUAAAGAGGAUGCUUUGCCACAGUCUAAUGGUGUCAGCAGCAGCAAGCUAAAGAUAGUGAAGAACAAAAACAAGAACGGGCGGAUUGUUAUUGUCAUGAGCAAGUACAUGGAAAACGGAAUGCAAGCAGCUAAAAUUAAAAAUGGUGAUUCCGAAACUGCUGAAAAGCCGCCGCAAGGAACAGACAGCAGUACAGAAAAUGCCCUUGAAAAGAUGAAACUUGUCAAGAAGCUCGGCCUCAUGAGUGGCUUCGCAAAAAACCCCACAGACAAACCAGCUUCUGGUUUAAAGGUAGAUUGCCCCAAAGAAAAGGAACAGUCCCCCAAAAGGGAGCCAACUGUGACAGAACAGGAUAAACAUGUCGAGGUCAGGGGUCAGGGGCAGCUUCCAGCGGAUCAGCCUUUACAAUUGACAACCAAGCCUAAUCUGCUCUCCCUGUCUUCGGAUAGGGGAGUUGCCUCCGCACUGGACAAAAGAGGAGCCCAAGGUGGAUUUCAGGGCUUAAAGCGACACCUCUCUGACACAGAUUGUCACGAGCAUGGAAGUAGUAAGAGGAUUUUGAGUUCCAGGAGUAUCAGUGUUCCUAACACGGUAUCUUCACCCACCCAAAGCAUCAGCAUCGACCAAAACGGACACCGGAGUCACAAUGGACUGCAGGUCUGUGGCUAUGCAGACCAAGAGGAACCCAUUGACUUGAGCAUUGUCAAGUCCAGGCCUAAAGCUGCAGCCUCCACAGUUACCCGGCCGGAAAAAUACACACAAGCUGAGACACAAACACAAAUGGACGCACAAACAGAAACACAGCCCCCGACCGAAACACAAAACGCUGCAGAGAAGGUGAAAGUUGACUCACUGUCUGUUUCUAACAAUGAAAAGAGAAAAAAGGAGACAUUUCCCUCCUUCCAGCCUUUCCUUGGGAAUAUAGUGAUCACAGACAUUACUACGAACUGCCUCACCGUAACGUUUAAGGAAUAUGUAACAGUGUAACAGAGCUGGAAAACCAACUGUGUAUCUGUAUAAAUGUACAUGAGAUAUAUUUGAUUUUCAGAUGAUUGAAUGUACAAAUGAACCCUUGAUGUUGUUUUCAUUUUGUAUAGUUCAGAUAAAAGAAUUCGUCUGUUUUA